UUUGCUGUGCCACCGCGCGCGCGCUCCGUCUCCCUCCUCUCCAUUCACUCAUUCACUUCGCCACAGAAGCUGCGGGACGCUGCUGGAUUAAGCGCUGCGUGUGGCUGGCUGGCUGGCUGGCUGGCUCGCUUCAUCCUGAUCCCCGUUUAUUUUUGGAGCUUUGAUUUCGUUUCGUCUUUCAGGGCUGCUCUGAGGUUUCUGUUCUUCGUGCGUCGCGUCGUCACGUCAUUUGCCGUAACCGUCCUUCUAUCCGUUCUCCAGCAUCCUCGCGACGCUGCCCACUCGCGUGGCUCCUCAAUUCGUUCUUCUGCUUGCUCGCUCUCCCUCUCUCUCUCUCUCUCUCUCUCUCUCUCUCUCUCUCUCUCCCUCCCUCUUUUCCAGUGGCGGGAUGGACGGCACGCGCUGCUCUCCAGCUUGCUCUCCCUGUGUGAUCUGAGGCGUGAGAAGACCGUAAAGAAGUUGUUUCUAGCUUUCUCUGCUCUUUUCCAUUCAGCCUCCGUUUCUUUGCGUUCCAUUCGACAUGGACCGGUUGCACUCGUCCAUGCGUAAGCGCCUGUACAGCCACGGGGACGCGGCGGAGGAGGAGGGCGAGCAAGACGCGCGCAGGAAGAGCGUGAGGAUGAAGCAGCUGCUGCCCUCCGCCUCCCCGACUGGGAGCAGCGGCGAGAGAGAGAGAGCAGGAGGUGAACGCGGAGGUGGUGUAGGAGGCGGAGGUGGUGGUGGAGGAGGCGAGGCCGAGACGGACGUGGGCAGCAGAGCGUUCAGCAGGGCCAACGGAGACUGCCGGAGGUUCAGGGGCAGCAGCAGCACGCCAGAGGGAGACGCAGCCGAGCAGAGGCGCCUUAUAGCUGAGGAGGAGGCCAGCCCUGAGGAGGAGGAUGAGGAGGAGCAGGAGGUGGAGAGGAGGGAGAGAGAGAGGAGGAAGAGAGAGAGGGAUGAUGAGGAGGUGGUGGUGGAGGAGAGGGAGAGGACACCCAGCCUGGUGAAGUUGGAGAGUGGUGAGCAGAUGGAUGAGGAGAGGCUGUACCAGGCCGGCUUCAUGCACAGACAACUGGGUGCCAUGCUUCAGCCCGGGGUCAACAAGUUCUCCCUGCGCAUGUUCGGCAGCGAGAAGGCCGUGGAGAGGGAGCAGGAGAGGGUCAAAUCGGCCGGCUUCUGGAUCAUCCACCCCUACAGUGACUUCAGGUUCUACUGGGACCUGAUAAUGCUACUCUUGAUGGUGGGAAAUCUGAUCAUCAUCCCAGUGGGCAUCACCUUCUUCAAGGACGAACACACUCCAGCCUGGAUUGUCUUUAACGUAGUCUCUGACACCUUCUUCCUAGUGGACCUGGUCCUGAACUUCCGGACUGGUAUUGUGAAGGAGGACAGUACAGAGAUUAUUCUGGACCCUCAGCUGAUAAAGGUGAGGUACCUGCGGAGCUGGUUUGCUGUAGACUUCAUCUCCUCCAUCCCUGUGGAUUAUAUCUUCCUUAUUGUUGAGACACGGAUCGACUCAGACUUCUACAAGACGGCCAGAGCUCUGAGGAUCGUCCGCUUUACCAAAAUCCUCAGUCUGCUCAGACUGCUUCGACUGUCCCGCCUCAUCAGAUACAUACAUCAGUGGGAGGAGAUUUUCCACAUGACCUAUGACCUGGCCAGCGCUAUGGUGCGUAUAGUCAACUUGAUUGGCAUGAUGCUGUUGCUGUGCCACUGGGACGGCUGCCUGCAGUUCCUCGUGCCCAUGCUGCAGGAUUUUCCCUCUGACUGCUGGGUUUCUAAAAACAAAAUGGUGAAUGAUACGUGGGGUCAGCAGUACUCUUAUGCUCUGUUUAAGGCCAUGAGCCACAUGCUGUGUAUUGGCUAUGGCAUGUACCCACCCGUAGGCAUGACGGACGUUUGGCUGACCAUCCUCAGCAUGAUCGUAGGUGCCACCUGCUACGCCAUGUUUGUGGGUCAUGCCACUGCCCUCAUUCAAUCACUGGAUUCUUCACGAAGGCAAUACCAGGAGAAGUACAAACAGGUGGAGCAGUACAUGUCCUUCCACAAGCUUCCUGCAGACAUGCGCCAAAGGAUCCAUGACUACUACGAGCACCGUUACCAGGGCAAGAUGUUUGAUGAGGAGAGCAUUCUUGGGGAGCUGAAUGAGCCACUCAGAGAGGAGAUCAUCAGUUUUAACUGUCGAAAGCUGGUGGCCACCAUGCCCCUGUUCGCCAAUGCGGAUCCCAACUUUGUGACCUCCAUGCUAACCAAGUUACGCUUUGAGGUUUUCCAACCGGGAGACUACAUCAUUCGAGAAGGCACUGUGGGCAAGAAGAUGUAUUUCAUCCAGCAUGGGGUGCUCACAGUUCUGACCAAGGGCAGCAAAGAAACAAAGAUUUCAGAUGGAUCUUACUUUGGAGAGAUCUGUUUGCUGACCCGUGGCAGGAGGACAGCCAGCGUGAGGGCAGAGACGUACUGUCGUUUGUACUCCCUGUCUGUGGACCACUUUAACGAAGUGCUGGAAGAGUACCCCAUGAUGCGGCGUGCCUUCGAAACUGUAGCUCUCGAUCGUCUUGACCGCAUUGGAAAAAGAAACUCUGUUCUUCAGCACAAAGUGCAGCGGGAUCUCAACUCAGGUGUGCUAAACUACCAGGAGAACGAGAUCAUCCAGCAGAUCGUGCAGCAUGACAGAGACAUGGCUCACUGUGCCCACUUAAUGCAGACUCCACCUCCAGCUCCACAUAUACCUCCUUCCUCACAUACCCCAGUCAUCUGGGCUCCUCUCAUCCAGGCUCCACUUCAAGCUGCUGCUGCCACCACCUCAGUGGCCAUCGCCCUUACUCGCCACCCGCAUCUACCCCACACCCUCUUCCGACCUCCUGUGCCCUUACUAGGUUCACUCAAAGACCCACCAGGUCAUCUGAAAAGGUUCCCUAUGUCAACAAUGGCUUCAGGUGCUUCCACAAUGGGUGGCACAUCUUCUGGAGCUAGUUCUCAGCUUGGCUCUGGUCUGGAAACUCCUAUUCUGGAUUCUCUCAGAGCCAAAAACUCUGCAGCACCUCUUCCACCUUCUGCUUCCAGUUCCCUGCCGUCUUCUACCACAACCACAAUCACCACCACUACAUCCAGCAUCAGUGAUGCUUCCAUUUUAUCCCACAGGCCCCUAACUGCGUGUGUUUCUAGAGACUCUAGUGUGGCUCAGCUCCACGCCCAACCUCAGUUUCCACCAGCUUCCUUCUCUAACAUCACUGCUCCACUGCCUGGGUUCUUCCAGCAGGGGGCAAUAGGCGGAGAAGCGUCUCACUUUGGCAUUCCCCCUGCUUCUACCCUCACCCCUUUGAUAGCCCACUCCAUUAGUCCUAUAUUGACCCAACUACAGUCCACUCAACCUAAUCCUCUUCAAAUCAAACGCAGUCAGGAGUUAAGCAAGCCAGUCAGGACAGCCGCUCCAUCACCAUCUACCGGCUCUCCACUUUGCUCAAAGAAUCUUUUAGAGCAGUCUUCCCCAAAAUCCCAGACUCAGGACCCUCAGAGCAGUCUCCAGCCUGAUUAUCUCCCUCAACUGUCCCAGGAACCAUCUGCCCUGGCUUCGCUAGCCCAGUACAGGUCUGGAAGUGCCUCCCCGUGUAGUACCCCACCAGCCUGGAGCCCCAUAUCCCAGAGUCCUUUGGUGCAGAGGAAGAGGACGCCACUUCAUAGCAAUCCCUCCAGCACCUCCGGAUCUCAAAGCUCUCUCCUGUCCCCUCAGACCCUCUGUCCACCACCCCCCCAGUCGCGAGAGAGGGGUGGGUCACUGAUUGAUCUCCCCUCUCAGGACGUCAGCACCAUCUCCAUUUCACUCCCUUCUCCACGACCUCUUGAGAGACCCAAACUGGUAAGACAAGUCUCCCACGUCCCAGAUCAGUCCCAUCUUGUUUCAGCGUCAGGUUUCUCCAAGACCCCUUCACCUACCCCAGUUACCAAACCUUACAGUUCAAUACCAGGCCAUGUGGCCCUAUCUAGACAGACUUCAAAAGCAUCUAUAGUUCUUCAGACUGGUUCUUCUAGUGGCUCACCAGCCCCUGGGUCUAGAGACAGAUCCAGUCCAGGGACGCCAAGCUUACACCCCAAACUCCCAUCAAACUUAUGAAACUGGACUGUACCAUUGUCUACUGUACAGACUGCAUUUAUUUUUAUCAUCUAGUGAUAUCUAUGAACAAAAAAAAACUUUUAUGACUGAGAAGAGGAUCUUUGUCUACCUGCAUUUAUAACCGUGCAAUGACUACUUUUCAACUCAUAAUGCCAAAUGAAGGAAUAGAUAUUUGGCUGAUGACUGAACGAGCAUGUAUGAGUGACUGAUUGUACAAGUAUACAAAUUGACUGUGUCUUCCAAGUUCUUUUAGCAAUUUUUGCAAUACUAAUGUCUGGCAGUGAGAUUAUGUAGGGAUAUGCAACAAAUAGCAGUUUCCAAAAAAAAAAAAAAGAAGAAAUCAUUACAGUAAUAACAGAAUUAUGGGUGUUAUUGUACCAAUAAAAAUGCCCCUUUCAGAGGAGGAAAAUAUGCUGGGGAAAGAUGCAAAUAUACUCCUUGCUAUUCAUCAUGACAUCUAUUGUUGUAAAAGAACAUAUAGUACAGAUCUCACUUAUCAGGUUGCACACAAACACAUACAAUUGCACACACCUGACCCUCAUCAUCUUAAUGAUCAGACACAGACUGAUUAUUCUACUAGACUUUGUCCCCAACCAUACUUCCUUGUUGACCAAGGCGCACUGCUCAGUAUCUAUGGCCUUUCCUUUUUUAACAAAACUGCCUUAGAGCCUGAAAGACCAGGGAACGAUCCCCUCACUUCCACUACAAAAGAGAUAAGAUAAAGAAUGUAUGGCAAUCAUUUUGUAUGUGCUUUCUAUGUGUACUCGUGCGGUACCUAAGCAAUAAAACUGUAUGCUUGAUUUUGUA